AAGGAUCGAACAAAGCCAGACCAACUCUCCAACAUCCAAAUUGAAAUCCAGCGUAACAUCAUCCAACGCUUAUCCGUCUAUACCCUUGGACGCUUGGCCAUGGUCUCUCGAUUCUACUACGGCCUUGCCACUCCAGUUCAAUACAAGAAAGACGCCUGCGACGAGCCCCCGCGCGCCAUACUUUGGGCUGCAUCGUGCACUGCUACACCGGAUACUAAGAAAAUCAUCAAGAAAGUAUUGGAUCUUGCUGUGGUUUAUGGUGGGAAUGUGAAUCGGAUAUAUCCACUGAUAGUAUCGGACAAGAUUGCGACAUACACGCCCCUCCAUCUGGCCGCCGCGAAGGGUAACAAAACAGCAGCCAAGAAACUCUUGAAACUUGGGGCUGAUCCUAACGCUCUGGGGUGGGAAUUCUUCCGUGACACACUAUUCUCACCCAGUAUGGCAUCUCCAGUUGAUCCAGGCACCAUUAAUCUUUUACAUAUUCUUUCAGCCCUCCCAAAGGAAAAGUUUACCAAAGAUGCCAGCCUACUGCUAUAUUUCAGGAAUCUCCCUCAGCUUAUCAAUAUUCCUAUCAUGGCAGGAUUAACACCUCUAUUUCUCUCGAUACACCGUGGCAACGAUAUCCUGCUCAAAGAGAUCAUGACCAACGGCGGCAACAUUGAGGAUGUGAACUAUAUCGGAAGAACUCCAUUGAUGCAAGCUAUUGUAUGCUGCUGUAUGAAAGAGGACCCAGAGGUACGAAUUUGCUACAAGGGUAUCAUUAGUAACAUGAUUGAGUGUUUCAAUGCCAAAGUUGGUAACCUUGGUGACGCUGAUGUGAUGGAAACACCAUUAAUCUGUAUCAUCAAGGAACUUCCCACGCCUCUUCCCACGGAUUGGAAGCAUAGAAUCCAAGACAUCAAGGAGAUUAUUGACCUGCUACUUAAGCAUGGAGCUGAUAUCAACGAGGUCUCAAAUGCGGGAUUCACCAUGCUCCAUGUUCUU